UGUUCUCCCAAGAUCCCGUGGUUGAAGAUCGGAGGUAUGCUUCAGCUUAUCUGAGAUACGAAUAUUGACCAGGAGCGACUCUCGCACCAGCAAUGUCAAUGUUGGGCCGAUGUUGACAAGAAAAGAACCAUGUUGAAAAACCUCGUUCGUCUGUGGCGUGCCUCGGACCACGCAGGCCUCACAUCAGAUACAGGAGACAGAAGACUGAGACAACCGCCAUACGAGCCUGGUGUAGUUCCUGCUAGUACAACAACUUUUCGCGACAGAAGUGGUGAAAAAGCCACAAGCAGUAGUAGUGCAGACGAUGUAGAAGCGGGGCUGGUAGAAUCACAGCCGGUUUUCCCCCCACGACGACCUCCCUAUUCUACGGUCCCGGAACACGCACUUUUGGACCAGUCCACUGGAACGCCUUCGUCUACUGCUGAGUCUGAACCUUCCCUGCCGUCGCUUGCAUGGGGGGCUCGUGACGAUGAACUACAAGGAAGCAUAUUAAACUACUCAAGCGGGAGCGGCAAACAAGACGAACCGCUGAUAGUACGAGGGCAGCUGUCGACUCAGGAAGAGCUCGACGUGCCACCGCUUCCAAAAAUCCUAGUUGGAGAUCAGGGCCGCGGGGGAAAGCAGCGCAGUACGCAAGAACUACAGAGAAACCUUGCGGACGAACCUUCAAAACCGCCAGUAAUUCCACCCGGAUCUGGAUCUUCCCGGACUGCCCGCUCGUUGGAACGGGAAGAACUACUGCUGGAGGAAGAGAGGAUUAGGAACAAUGGGCCAGCUUAUCAUGUCGGCGACGACGUGCGUGAGGAACUGGACGAACAAGAAAAGAAUCAGGAUUACUACCUGCAAGAACCACAACCAGAUCCGAUCAUCAACAUCGACCACUACUCCAAGCUUUUCCAGGAUGAAAAGCAAGUCGUCAGAGAACUUCGGAACGAACUCUGGCUCCACGACAAGGACGAGCCGUUUAUGAAGUACAAAAGUCAAGGUUUCCAAGAAAAAGUCCACGAUCCGGGAGGUGAUAGAACAAUUACAGAUCAUGGCGGGGUACAACUAGAGCAGGGGGCCGCAGGUUUAUCCUCGCCCACCAGUCGGCUGAAGCUGAUUAGCGAGGAGGACGAGAUGGACCACGACCGGGACCGCCAGUCAUCCAGUACAACUUCCGUGAACAAACAUCAAGUGCGGCAGCGCACGGGUAUCCAAGUUCACUUGCUGGAGGACGAGGAGCGGCAAAUGCGAAACCAAACUGACGGAGACGUCGGCGGGGCGGACAAUUAUACACCCGGCGGAAUUGUAAACCGUGGCUCCUACAAUGGCAGAACUGCUACUUCUGUGCGAGUAGCAGGCGGUUUAAGCAGUAGUUCAUCUCCCAAAACUACUGCGGGUCCCAACUAUCGUCGCGGGAAAGCUUUUGUUCAGAAUUUAAACCUGAAAGCCUCGGGUGGACAAAAACUCUGGGCCUCGGUGAAGGAGAUUGUUUCGAACCAAUUUCACUUUUCCCCACCCGUGAUUUUCCAGCGAAAUAUGGACUACUGGCGGUACGAAUCGAAUCCGGUGUAUGUUUAUGCUUUACAAAACUAUCGUACUAGUAUAAAUCGCAUGACAAAUUUUCUCAGUAUGAGAGAUAAAAUCUGUAAUGCAGAUUUGACUUGAGAAAGAAAUUUGUAAUGCAUGAAUACGAUUACUACUAGUACGAUAAUUUUGCACAGGAUAAUGUUCUCAUGCCGGACGAGAGCUACAUGCCGUUGUGGCGGGUCGGGGCCGGGUAUGACGGUGCACAACUACUCCUCCUCCUGUCCCUCAUUUGUCAUGCAAAAAACCAAGUCCGCGUCGUCCUUUUAAGUACUGUCUGCAUGGCAAAUUUUCGAUUUGGGGCCUCAAAGACUACCUGUCCUUGUGCAGAUUUGUGAUGCGAAAGGCACACUCCGCGCGUCGCUUGUGUUGCUGUUCAUGCAAUACAAAUAAGGGGGAAGGGCAGUUGUGUACUCUCAUAUCGGAAUUCCCGGCUUCUGGAAGGACGAUAUGCUUAUGUGGGACAGUUCCUCCACUUUGGAAGCCGCCGCGAACAACAUCAAUCGUCACUUUUUCUCCUCGAGCUGGGCGAUGGAAAAUCUGAACAGCGUUUCCAGCACCGACACCUACUCGAAGUCCUUUUUCAAGUGCCGAAUUGCCUUUUGCGAGUAUUGGCGCCACCGAGGGUUCCACGAGUGCGUGGUAUUGCCGAUCGAAGGGCAGGAAAGCUACUGCCCGUUUUCGGUGAGUACGGAAGAAGAGGACAUAAAUAACGCUGUGGACGAUCGAAAUUAUGACGAGAAGACGAGUGGGAGUGCAGCAACACGUUCGACAGCAGCGGCUACGGGCUCAUCUCCUGCUAGUACACGACCUCGACCAGCAAGUAGAACAAAAGACGAAGUCAACACUCUAAGCACCGACAUCGACACGAUCCGGGCGAAAGCGGUGGCGAGCGCGCGAAAAGUCUGGAUCAAAGACAUGUGUCCCAAUAUCGCCCCCGCGCAAAGCAGGCCGAAGCCGAAGAGCACAAAAGCUAUGAGCAGUGCUGUGGUUGGUGGAAGUCGAACAUCUUCGCAAGAACUACCAGGGACAGAAGCAAAUGCUGCUAGUAGUGCCGCUGCUUCCAGAACACCAUCAAAGACACGACAACUACACCAUGAGCAUCCGCACACAACUGGUACAACGCAGUUCCGCAACUACGACCCGCGACCCGACAUCCGCGGGAAACUUUUCUGCGAGCAGGAUACGGGCGAAACUUGCUACGACGACGGUUUCUUCGGCGCUAAAGCGAUGCAUUUACCGAGCCGGUGUCUGUGGUUCCACGCGAAAUGUCGGAAUAACAGAUGUGUGUGUCCGAGUAACAAGUGCUUUGUACACGGGCGGUGCGUGGACGUGAACGUAAAGGGAAAUCAGGAACGAGGAGGAGGCCGGAGUAAGACAACUCGCAGUGGCAAUUACGGUGGCCGCUCAGUUGUAUCAACGAAUAGAGGGGGCACGAACGCGCAAAACUUAGCUGCAGUCGUGGCACCACAUACUACUCGUUCCUCCUCCCCCUCUGCAUUCACGCUCGACCGAAAGAACCCUGGAACGGAAGUGUGCUUGAAUAGCAGCACCGCACCGUCUUGCAAAGUGGGCUCCUGGAAGGGUUUCGUUUACCGAAAUAGACUGCACUUGACAGUCCUGCGCCCGGUGGUGGACAUUUUCUCACCUCCUGGUGGGAAAAACACGCGGUCACUAGCUUCUUCGACGGCACACAAGGAGAAGAAAAAACAUAGUCGGGACGAAACGAAGAUAAGGAACAAGCAUGGGGAGCAACACCGUUUUAUGAAAAGGCUGCCAGAUUCCGCGUUCGACGUGAUAUGGAAGCGUCAGGAUCGAAAUCGUCAAAGUUGAAGUAGUUUGCGAUGCAUAAAAUGCAACGCAGAAAUUGCCUCUAUUGCAGAGGACGCAAGGGAUGCAGAUUGUAAGCCUGUUUAGGGGCAGAAAUUGAGCUGCUAAAGUAGCAUGACAAAAGGCGUCUUCCGUGCCCAAACAGCAUUACAAACUGGAUUUGAGUUCUACCCAAAUUUGUCAUGCGCCGCUUGAAAACUAGGCGCCAACUGGUAUCCGUUUUAUGCAUCACGAACCAUUUCAACUCUGACGAUUUCGAUCCUGACACUGACUCCCAUACGUGAUCGAAUGCGAGUACAACCUUUUCCAAUGCGACAUCAACAAAUGGUAUCCACAGUAAAUUUCCCGCACACGUACAAAUGCGGUCUCUGCAUGACAAAACUUGGCUCCUAUCCUAGUUUAGCAUGACAAGUUUUACGCUCCAAAUUGGUGAAAUUUGUGAUGCAUCUUGUACAUGUGCGGGAGAUUUGUCUUGCAUAAAUGGAAGGGGUUUCUCCACGACACAGGAAUCAUCUGCGACUACACGUUUUCGCGCGCUAGGAGACUUGCGGAAGGGGUAGAUCCGGAGAAAGCAAUUGAUACCACCGGCCACGACACUUUGAAUGUCAUCGCAGAAGAUUCUGACAGUAAAACCCCCGUCGCGGCAGAGCCGCCGUUCGACAUCCGCCGGGCGUGUCCGGAUAUCAAGAUGAAAGACAAAUCACUACUUCAGAACGCACAGGUCGUUGUUGAGGAUAUUAAGGAGGAAAUUCAGGACUUUGCCGAGGAAGUGGAGGGCGCUUGGGAGAACGUAGUGGAGCUAUGCAAUGCAAAUGCGCUACAUCUACUACAAUCCGCAUAUACAAAUGUUGGCAAGUGAUGUUGUUGAAAAAAUGAGGCUGCAUUUUGUAAUGUUUUGUGAGGUAAAAGGAUGGAAUUUGUAUAUGCAGUAUUGCAAUUACAACAAUACAAGCGCAGCUUUUGCAGUGGAUAGGCGCAAACGCGUACUCACAUCGUCCAGCCGAUCCACUCAAUGCCCGGGAACACACUCAGGCUGCUGGGAAACCCGCAAAACAAGUUGAACCACCUGUACCGGUACAACGCUGGCAGUGGGAAACUCGAAGAGACGGAUGAGAGUUUGAUAGGAACAAGUCAGGGCAGCAGUACAAGUUCAGCUGUGUUGUCCGGAGGAGGUUUGUCAUCUGAAAGGAGGUCUGGCACGGUUCAGCCAACUGCGUCGAACAGCUUGAUCAAUAAAUCGUCCAGCCGGAACAGCAUGCUGUCCUCCCCGUCGUUAGCAGAUGUCGUUCUGGAGGUCAGCGCGAGGUCAAAGGCAACCAAAAUCACGUUUGAUGAGGGCCGCGGGGACGGUGGGAGCGAACUGAAUGCUGAUGCACCAAAUCGAAAGCAACAAACUACAUCGCAAGGCCUCCGCGGCGCACUGGAGAACACAAAUGAAGACCAGGCCUCCUCUUCUUCGACAACCGCUUCUGUGACACCGUACCCAAUCGAGAUACAACUCAUCCAUGACUACCGUGCUCGGUCAAACUUCAAAGAUUCUAACGAACCGGAGGCCCCGAAGCCCAAGUACAACAAAGUUUUCCUCUCUUUCGGGCUGGAUUGGGGCUACGGACAGGCACAGGGGAUCAAAUCCUGGGGCGCGGGCGGCCCGGCCAGAACCGUUUAUGACACUUGCAGCAUAUCAAAAGUAAAAAUGUCUGGGUCUGGAAAAGUGUAGACUUGUCAUGCAGAUUUUCCAUGAGCCAUGAGGUCGGGAAUGCGGGACUUAGCAUGACAGACUCUGCGAGGUCUCUGCCAUGCCUAUCCUGCAUGAGAAACCCCCCUCCAACUUGGUCAAAAUUGUACAGCUUUUGGCACUCAUGCAACACAGAUUUUCGCAUGCUUCAGAUUUACCAUGACAAGUUGGAAUCUUCCAGACCCAGACAUUUUUACAUUUGAUACAGCAAGCAGAAGUGCGACUGGCACUGUUUGAAAGAUAACAGCUGCAGCUUCAAGUGCUGCGAGAACGAUUUGUUCCGCCAGGUGGAGUUUCUACGGGUGGAAGGCACAAACGUAUGCAAUACAAAUUUCCCGUACAUGUACAAAAUACAUCGCAAAUUUCACCAAUUUGGAGCGUUGUAUGUAAAACUUGUCAUGCUAUAAUGGGGAUGGAAGCCAAGUUUUGUCAUGCAGAGACCGCAUUUGUACGUGUACGGGAAAUUUCCUGUGGAUAAAACGAGUACGAAACCUACGAAAUCGUGUGCCGGGGCGCGGGCUACAUAGACCCCAUGGUGGAAUUUGACGGCGCACUGUCUCAGUACAAGCAGAAGUGGCAGAACGAGGUGCUAACGAUUUUGAAAUUGUGCACGAUCCCGGGCGUUUCCGCCUUGGCGGCGAAAGUCGGAUUGAUCAUCACGCCCUGGGUCUGGUUCGCGGUUGGCAUCGUCUGGUCCUUCUCUGACUGGGUCUUAGCGCACCGCCAGCAGGACAAGUUUCACGUAUCCUGUGCAAAAGUAUCGCACUCGUAUUGCAGUCACGCAUUACAAAUUUUUUUCUUCAGGUAAAUCAGCAUUACAAUAUUUUUAUUUCUCAUGCUGAGGAAAUUUGUAAUGCAUUUGUUUUGUAUGAGUACGCGUGCGAUACUUUUGCAAUGCAUAUCACGAGUGGAUUAGCGAUUUCCGGAUUAAGGAUUGGCACGGCACGGGGCUGAUAGAAGACGGAAUCCUAAUCCACAGUACGAAAGAGUUACUGGAAUACCCGUCGCACUGCCUGUGCAAAUUCAUGUUUGGCUUCGUCUACGUGUUUCUUCCCAGUUUCAUAACCAACGUCGCGGCACUGCUCGGAACGGAGCUGCUCCAGGGGGUGUUGGGCAAAGGCGCCACGGAUUCCGCGAGACAGGCGUGGGAAAGUACGGACUUGGCCGUGAAAUUUCAGGAGAACGUGUACUCGUUCCAGAGCUUCAUCUGGAAAUACCUCGGGCAGUGGCUGCAUCUGGUCGGGAGUUACUUGUUAACCGGAGACCCGAACUCGCAGUACGCACCUGGAUGGGUGCAGUUCAUCAUUGAUAACUUGAGGGAGCCCAACGCGGCGUUUGGAGGAUUGAUGUGGCAACUGAUAUCCACAGACAAAAAACCAUCCGCAUCCAAUUUGUGCAUGACAAACUGACCCUAGAUCUCCUGCGUCCGAAGCUGCUUGCGGCGACGGUGCAAAGGUUUUUGAUGUGGUGCAGUCGGGUAUGCAUGACAAACACAGGAGGUGACGCAUGUUUUGCAUGACAGAUUGGAUGGGGAUGGGUCUUUUUUUGUGGAUAACUGACCAAUGCGAUCGGAUAUUACCCGAACAUGAAACUCAUCGCAGUGUUGUAUCCACAGUAAAUUUCCCGUACACGUACAACUACAAAUGCAGUCUCUGCAUGACAAAACUUGGCUUCAGUCCUAGUCUAGCAUGACAAGUUGCGCACUGCAAGUUAGCGAAAUUUGUCUUGCAUUUUGUACAUGUACGCGAUAUUUACAUUGCAUACGUUGCAAAACGCAGUCAUGAAGCUCCUCCUCUCCACUGGGAUGUGUCAGAAGCCGUCGAAGCUAUCGGAGUCAAUUUCCGCGAAAUUAGCCAGGUCAAUCACGAGCAUGAACGAGCAAAACAGUUUGCGGAAUAAUUUGGGAAACAGCUCCGCGCCGGUCUGGGACAAUCACUUCAAUUUCGACACAGGAACUUCCGCAAAUAUUAACUCGCAGCCAGGUACAAUCAACCGAAGUUUUGGCGGAAGUCUCCCCAACUCCAUGCGGAAUCAAGACUCGCUAGCAAGGCAUGACAGAUUGCACGUGUAUUCUGGUGGAAAUAGUCAUGAGCAGCAUCAACAACUACAUACCGGGACGGCUACAACCUCAACCGCAACAUCUGACAGCAGCAGACCAGCGAACGGCAAAGUUAAGGAUCAACAUGAUCACAACUACGACGAUUAUAGCUCCGUCCACUACAAUACCUACAAACGAGACAACGACCGAGAUUUGGGGAUGGAUGCGCAGGCUGUGAUGCGGGAAAUCCAACUCACGGUGGACCAAAAACUGAAACCGCUUGUGCAGGAUGACACGUUUGCGCAGAAAGCGCAGGAGCUCGCAAUGGAAGAGAUCCAACAAACUGGCGGGAAGGGCUUGUAUUACCAGGCGAACCCCGCGGUGCGGGAGAGGAGGGCGGAGAUUUUGAAGUUGUUGGGAAAGGGGGAGGAGGUUGCUGUGAGCGACAUUCUUGGCGGUGGGAAAAGGACGUCGACCAGUGACGCGUUUUUUUUUCCGCCUCGGCCCUCUAGUAAUUCAGACGGACGAGGGGGGAGGAGAAAUCCCCAGGGACAACAGCAUGGCGUGAGAUCGUCGCCGCCUGCUGGCUCCUCGGAAGAACUCAUUUCAAUUUGACAAUGUAAUCAUAAUAUGAGGAAUGGAAAAGACAAAUGCAGUUGCUGAAAUAGAAAUCAACAACUCAUGAUCUAUCACAGGGACAGCAAGAUCCUUCGUGGAUGAUGUCAAAAAUGAAUUCCAACUUCUACGAGUAGUAGCUGCGUUGAGUAUUAUUUUUCUUCUUCUUCGGACUAACAGGUCCUGGCUCUCCUGCAACAGUGAGGUCGAUUGUUGUCCUCACCCAGGUUGGCAGCAGGGCCAGAGAUCACAUAGAUGAUGUUUCUAUGGUUUUGAUUCUGUGAAAAUGUACUAAUAAAUCGAUCAGCACCAGCUUGCUUAUGUUCUUGUAGAAGUGCUGCAGCAAUUUUUCAUCAAGCGCUUACUUACGUUCUUCGCUAACAUGGCUAUUUGUGCCCUAGUAACCUCUUUAAACUCAGCGGGUGCCAUAUUUUGUUUCUGCAGAACCAGGAGCAGUCUUGACAAUAAUCAUUUUACUUCUGGAUCUUCCCGCCAUUUUACUUUAGACAAUACAGCAAACCGCCUCUGAAAUCCUUUGCCGCUACUUACACCGGAGCUCUAGCUGUAACUUUUGGCAGAAUAACUGGAAACAAGAAAGCUCCAGUCUUGUCGUUGUCUGAUAGAAAAUCAAAUGUCUUUUAUUCGGAUGUAAGUAUAAGUAACAAAGCGAAUGCGUCUCUGAAGAUCGAGGCUGACUGCCUAUGAUGUCUGCAAAUGAAUAUACGCAAAACGUAGGAAAAUACGCAUUUCUUGCAGAUGUUGACGAUUUGCGCUCGCACGCGCACGAAGG